CGAGCCUGAGAGAUAUCGGACACUGACACUUUAUUGCCUGUAUGGGUAUUGUGGAGGAGUCUGAUCUGUAGUGUGAUCCUUCAACUGUUGUAGCGAAUGGCGCUGGGCCUGGGGCCAGCCGCCGUCCCCGUGUCGGGCUACAGCCCUAUGUUCAUCCUUCCCACCCUAAAUUUCACCGUGGGCCAGGUGGCUGCUGUAUGUGAAACGCUAGAGGAGAGUGGAGAUAUUGAACGGCUGGGACGAUUCUUGUGGUCGCUGCCCGUCGCUCACCCUAACUGUGCGGACUUGAACAAGAACGAAUCCGUGCUUCGAGCAAGAGCGCUCGUGUCUUUCCACACGGGCAACUUCCGUGAACUGUACCACAUUCUCGAGAGCUACCGCUUCUCCAAGCACUCCCAUGCUAAGCUGCAGGCCAUGUGGCUCGAAGCUCACUAUCACGAGGCCGAGAAACUUCGCGGCCGACCGCUAGGUCCAGUAGACAAGUAUCGAGUACGAAAGAAGUUUCCCUUACCCCGGACCAUCUGGGACGGAGAACAGAAAACCCACUGCUUCAAGGAGCGCACGAGAAGCCUGUUACGAGAAUGGUACCUACAAGAUCCCUAUCCAAACCCGACCAAGAAACGCGAACUGGCGGAGGCCACCGGUCUCACCCCGACCCAAGUGGGAAACUGGUUCAAAAACCGUCGGCAAAGAGACCGUGCCGCUGCUGCUAAGAAUAGACUCCUUCAACAACAAAUACAUCGUCAACAGCAGUACCACACAUCCAGUGGAAGUGGAACAGCGACCAGCCAAGGUGGCCCAUCUCCAGUUAGUCAUCAAACCGCCAGCUCCAAGGAACGAAGGCCAACGACCGAGGAGACGGAAAGUACGAAUGGAAGUUACGGCAGUUGCGGCGGGAUCAGCUUUCUGCCUGGAAGUCCGGCUGUUUUGUCGACCAGCUCGGAAUCCAGUUGUAGCCCUUCGCCUGUCCGUGCUCACGAAAAGUGACCAUGAUCAAUAAAUGGAUGAUAAUAUUAUUUAUAAAUAACACUUAUGUACAGUGUGGAAGAAGAAGAAACUGGUUUAAUUCGUUGUUGGUUGUUCACUUUGUCAACAGGGCUGAUCCUCUUCAGCCUAUAUAUAUAUAUAUAUAUAUAGUAAGGGAAAGAGGUGGCGUUGUUUGCAUGUGAAGCUUAUGCACAGUUUGUACAUAUAGAUAUAUUGUAUUCGACAGAACUUUUCGUGUGGUAUAAAGGUGACGAAAUGUUUACCAGCUCUGUACAUAGUAAAGACAUGUAAGCGGUUAUUGCAUCUUUGUCCUGUGAUGUUUUUUUGUUGUUGUUUUGUUUUGUUUUCUUUGUGCAUAGCACAUCAGACAG